AUGAGCAAAGAAAAAUCAACAGCAAAUGCAUCUACAGUUACAAAAGGUGAAGAAGGUCGACGACGUACCAAUACUCAACAGAUGCAAAAUGUUCUUCUACUCUGGUUAGACAGUGAUAUUGACGAGACGAAUGACGAUUGCCAAAAUACAAUCACAAAAUUACGACAUAUUGUUAACUACAUCAAGACAUAUACAAAUGGUGAUCAGUAUCUUGGAUUCAUUCAAACAAUUGUCGACAAAAAGGUAUGUAUGAUCAUAUCUGGAUCACUUGGACAACAUAUUGUGCCUCGUGUGCACAAUAUGUCCCAAGUUGAUUCAAUAUUUGUCCUUUGUGACAACCAAACCCGUCACGAACAAUGGGCCAGAGAUUGGCCCAAAAUAAAGGGUGUCUUCACAGAUGUUACACCCAUCUGCGAAGCACUCAAGGAAGCUGUUCAUCAAUGUGAGCAGAAUGCCAUUCCCAUGAGUUUCGUGGGAGAAAAUAAAAGGUUGGAUCAAUUAGAUCCAUCUUUUAUGUACACUCAAAUCAUCAUAGAAAUUAUAUUAACAAUUAAAUUCGAAGAGAACCACAUCCAAGAUUACAUCGAUUACUGUUGCGAUGCUUAUAAAGGUGAUACAAAAGAAAUCGAAAACAUUAAAAAAUUGGAACGUGAAUAUCAUAACAAAACACCAAGUUAUUGGUAUACCUCUCAAGUGUUCUUGUACCCCAAGCUCAAUUGUGCAUUACGAUUGAUGGAUGGUGAUAUCAUCACACGCAUGGGUUUCUUCAUUGGUGAUCUACAUCGACACCUUGAACAACUGCACAAGGAACAAUAUGCUAAUACAACUGCUGCAAACACUUUCACCGUUUAUCGUGGUCAAGGUUUAUCUACAGGGGAUUUCGAACAAAUGAUGAAAAAUAGAGGUGGUCUUAUUUCAUUCAACAACUUCUUAUCUACCAGUAAAGAUCGUGAAGUUUCCAAUGCUUUUGCUGAAAGCAAUUCAACUAAUUCGGAUUUAUUUGGAAUACUUUUCGUUAUGAAAGUAGAUCCAUCUCAAUCAACAUCACCAUUUGCUUCCAUUACUGGAACUAGCAACUUCGACGAAGAAGAGGAAGUCUUAUUUUCGAUGCAUAGCGUUUUUCGUAUUCAGGACAUUCAACAGAUAGAUGGAAAUAAUCGUUUAUAUGAAGUCAACUUGGUACUGACUGCUGAUAGCGAUCCAGAAUUACACAGACUUACAGAUUACGUUCGACAAGAGAGUCAUCCAGGCGAUGGAGCAUGGUACAGAUUGGGUUUAGUACUGUUGAAAGUGGGUCAAUACGACAAAGCUGAAGAUAUUUAUCAUGUUUUACUUGAUCAAAAAACGGAUGAUAAAAGCAAGGCACCUAUUUAUGGUCAACUUGGUUUAAUCAAAAAUCAUCAAGGGAAAUAUGAAGACGCUCUUACAUUUCAUGAAAAAUCACUUGCUAUCUAUCAAAAAAUUGCUCCUCCCAAUCAUCCCGAGUUGGCUACUGCCUACGGUAAUAUUGGUACAGUGCAUGACAGCAUGGGUAAUUAUCCAAAAGCACUGUCAUUUUAUGAAAAAGCCCUUGAAAUCAAACAACAACGGCCACUUCCUCCCAAUCAUCCUGAUUUAGCAUCCUCCUACGGUAGUAUUGGUAGCGUGCAUGUCGAGCAGGGUAAUUAUCCAAAAGCACUGUCAUUUUAUGAAAAAGUCCUUGAAAUUCGACAGCAAUCACUUCCUCCCAAUCAUCCUGAUUUGGCUGCUUCCUACGAUCAUAUUGGUUUAGUGCAUGAUAAGAUGGGUAAUUAUCCAAAAGCACUUUCCUUUUAUGAAAAAGCCCUUGAAAUUCGACAACAAUCACUUCCUCCCAAUCAUCCUGAUUUGGCUGGUUCCUACAACAACAUUGGUUUAGUGCAUGACAAUAUGGGUAAUUAUCCGAAAGCACUUUCGUCUCAUGAAAAAGCUCUUGAAAUUCGACAACAAUCAUUUCAUCGCAAUCAUCCUGAUUUGGCUUCUUCCUACGGUAAUAUUGGUAACGUAUACACCAAGCAGGGUAAUUAUCCAAAAGCACUUUCUUCUUAUGAAAAAGUAUUUGAUAUUCAACAACAAUCACUUCCUCCCAAUCAUCCUGGUUUGGCUCUAUCCUACAACAACGUUGGUACAGUGCAUCACAACAUGGGUAAUUAUCCGAAAGCACUUUCGUCUCAUGAAAAAGCCAUUGAGAUUCAACACCAAUCACUUCCUCCCAAUCAUCCUGAUUUGGCUGCUUCCUACUGUAGUAUUGGUAACGUAUACACCAAGCUGGGUAAUUAUCCAAAAGCACUUUCUUAUUAUGGAAAAGCCAUUGAGAUUCAACACCAAUCACUUCCUCCCAAUCAUCCUGAUUUGGCUUCUUCCUACAACAAUAUUGGUACAGUGCAUGACAGCAUGGGUAAUUAUCCGAAAGCACUUUCAUGUCAUGAAAAAGUCCUUGAAAUUCGACAACAAUCACUUCCUCCCAAUCAUCCUGAUUUGGCACCUUCCUACCGUUAUAUUGGUAAUGUGCAUGUCAAUCAGGGUAAUUAUCCAAAAGCACUUUCCUUUUAUGAAAAAGUCCUUGAAAUUCAGCAACAAUCACUUCCUCCCAAUCAUCCCGAUUUGACUAUGUCCUACAACAACAUUGGCAAUAUGUAUGGCAGCAUGGGUAAUUAUCCAAAAGCACUUUCUUCUCAUGAAAGAGCCCUUGAAAUCAAACAACAAUCACUUCCUUCCAAUCAUCCUGAUUUGGCUUACUCCUACAGUAAUAUUGCGUUGGCGUAUAAAAACAUGGGUAAUUACUCAAAAGCUCGUACAUGUUAUGAACAUGCUAUACAAAUUGGAGAACAAUCAUUACCUUCAAAUCAUCAUCUUCUUCAAAUGUUUAAAAAUAAUCUCAAAGACGUACAAAACAGAUAA